CUACGCUUCACUUCCGCGCAACUGCCACCAGUCAUACUGUGAGGAUCGCUCCGUCACUACGCAGAGAAACUGGCACAGAAGCUAUGUUCCACAUCUAGCUAACGUCUAUGAUGAUGAUGAUUAUGAUCCCUACGCAGGCUCGAACCCGCGCUAUCGGAUUACUAGACAGGCUUGUGAUCCUUUGGGCUACAGACUACGUUCAGACAUAUCACAACUAUGUCUCCUUCAGAUCACUGGGCAAAACUAGAACGGUUUAAAAUCAAAAAUUUUCCCCCGCAAUUGUAUUACAUUCCGGACUUUAUUACUGAAGCUGAGGAAGAGCAGCUAAGCAAACACAUAUACGCUUCUCCCGUUCCUAAAUGGGUUGUCCUUAGCGGUCGCCGAUUACAAAACUGGGGUGGCAUUCCACACCCCAAGGGUAUGUUGGUGGAGCCCAUUCCCCAGUGGCUCUUAUUUCUCAUGGAUCGUGUCUCGGAUCUGCACAUCUUCGGUGGACAUCGGGCUAACCAUGCUCUCAUAAAUGAAUACACUCCAGGACAAGGCAUUUCGCCUCAUCACGAUGGCCCACUGUACUAUCCUGUGGUUGCAACCAUCAACUUGGGUUCUCACGGUGUGUUGGACUUUUACAAACCACUCCCUUCUUGUGAUAUGGAAUGUCAUGAGAAAUGGAAUUCAACCUCUUAUGAUGCCCGCUACAUUGGUUCAGCUUUGUUGCACCCCCGAAGUAUGAAUGUGGUGACUGGAGAGUUAUACACGCAUUACAUGCACGGCAUCAGUUGCUCUUUCCUUGACAAAAUUUGUGCGGAGGGCGAGAAUUAUUCCUUGGACCAACCUACGCAUUUGUUUCAUCCUGUGAACUGCACCGUUGAGGAUUCAGGCCAUGUGUUUCUGCUGCAUGCGGGACAAGAGAUGUCUCGGGGCACCAGAAUUUCCAUCACUAUUCGCUACGUGCCAAAGAUUGCCAACCUGGAUAUUUCUCGAAUAUUGAACAAAAAUAGGUUAACGUUAGCUUGUUCGUGAUACACUUACACAUCGUUAUGCGAUAUUUUAAUCUGCUUCAACAUUUUUCUGUGUAUUUCUCGUCCCAGGGUCUUGUCUUCCGUUUUUGGAUGGGUCCUUUUUUCCUGGGCUAGGUUACCGGCGCAUAUUUUGUCAUGUAUUGCUUCUCGAUGGUAAUCAGCACAGUUCAUUCCAGUAUAAAAGUCAUUCACUUCAAAUCUGUUGUUGGUCAUCUGAACUCAAUUAGUUUUCACCCUAUUUGUCAUGCUGACAAACAUCUCAGUUUUUGUCAGUUUGACAUCUCUGAAUAUAGGAAAGCCGAAGCUUU